ACAAUCUCGAACCAAAUCAGCAAUCAGCAUGGGGAAACAACCAGUUAAGUUGAAGGCAGUUGUAUAUGCUUUAUCACCAUUUCAACAGAAAGUAAUGCCUGGUUUAUGGAAAGAUCUUCCUGGUAAGAUCCACCACAAAGUUUCCGAAAAUUGGAUUAGCGCUACUCUCUUGCUUGCUCCCCUCGUUGGCGUGCACCAGCAGUUUCGUAAUUUCGUCACCAAUGAUCCAGGUUGAAGCAUGGUUGGCUUUAAGGAUCUAUUGCUAGAUAAUACCUUUGGCAGCUAAUUCUCUUUAUAGUCAAUACAACAACAUACCCAGUGUAAUCCUACAAGUGGGGUCUGGAAAGUAUUUAUAGUCAAUGGUGGCUUCUAAAUGUGCAGAUGUCUUAGCUUAGUAGAUCUUACAAUGAAAGUAUUUUGAUGUGAAGAAUAGUCUUUUCAAGAUCCUAAAUGUUAAUCAUGACAAUCAAUACUUCCUUAUUAAGGCACUUUAAAUUGUUUUAUGUCAUGUAUGCUAGUAUUUGAGGUUUAGUAUGCAAUUGGCUUACUAUAUCUUUUAACUAUUUGCAAACUUGACAUAUUAAAAGAGCUGAUUGCUGAAACCUUUAUCA